AGGAAUCGUUCUUUGAGUAAUAGGAGGCGAAACCUUUGGUCGGGGCGUGAUCAAAUUUAAUAAAGCCCGAACGGCUUUAUGAUAUAUGUAGAUUUGAUUCGAGUUAAAACGAACAUGGGGCGUCAGGAUUCUACGACCGAGCUACCCAGGCCGAUAUCCACGGUCCAUCUAGCCCCAACUACUACUGUACACUAAUUAUGAUUGAACAACCAUGGAUCCCCGUUCUAGUGCCCAGGAUAUACACCGAUGUAGUCUUUGUGAGACCGCCAUAGUACACAGUUACUGUGACUUUUGCCAUGUGAACCUCUGCAAACCCUGUGUAGUAGAUCAUAUCUCAGAUGGAUAUUAUAAACAUGUAAUAGUCCCUUUCAACGAACGAAGAUCAACCCUCAUUUAUCCGAAAUGUGAAAUGCAUCCACAAAAAAGUUGUAAAUUUCAGUGCAAGGAUUGCAACAAUAGUUUUGUUUGUUCUUCUUGUAUGGCAUCAAAACAGCACAAAGGACAUAACUUUGUAGAAGUUACAGAAGUUUACAAGACAAUGAAAGAUGAUAUUAAGAAAGAUGCAAAAGAGUUAGAAUAUCAUAUUUCCCCUACAUAUGAAGAAAUUGCACUUGAUUCAGAAAAUCAGCUUUCCAACCUGGAUGGAGGAUACGAUAAACUUACAACAACGAUAUCCAAACAAGGAGAACAAUGGCACAAAGAAAUCGACAUCGUUAUCAACGAAAUGAAAACUGAAAUCAGCAAGAUGAAAGUGAAACACAAAGAAAUUUUACAGAAACACUUAGCUAAAAUCAAACAGAUACAGUCCCUCAUAAAACAAAUAAUUCUGGCCUUGAGGACACUUGAGAAAUCUACUGAAGUAUCCCAAACCUUUGAAUACAGCUCUAAGGUCAGUGAGUUCAGUAAGCCCCCACCCAAAGUUAAGGUUACACUGCCAACAUUCAUUCCAAAACCAAUAGACCACGAAAAGCUGUAUAGUUUGUUUGGGCAGAUCACCCCAUUAUUAUCUACUGAUACAGAAGAAAAUGUCCUGUCACUGAACCGACCCAAAACUUCAGCCAGAGAACUACUGGAUGAACCGGAGCUUGUUGCCACAAUACAGACUGGGCAUAAAUUUCUACGUAAUGUUACCUGUCUGAAUAAGAUAUGGACGAGUGGAGAGACCAAUGAUAUCAAAUGCUUCAACAUUAAAGGUUCACUCCUCCAGACAAUCGAACAAAAUUCAGGUAAUUUUCCCAAUGAUAUAGCUGUAGACAGUGAUGAGGAUCUAUUGUAUGUUAGUGGAGCAACAGGGACAGUAAAUAAAUUAAAGAAUGGAGUGACAGUAGAGUUGAUCAGAUUACCGGGGUGGACGCCUAGUAAACUAUGUGUCACUUCUUUUGGUCAUCUCCUAGUUACCAUGUACAGUGAUGAUAAAACGCAAUCCAAAGUUGUCCGUUACUGGAGGUAUACAGAGAAACAAACAAUUCAAUUUGAUGAUGUAGGUAACCCUUUGUUCUCAGGGAAUAGUAAUAAUAAAUACAUCACAGAGAACAGAAACCAUGACAUCUGUGUAGCUGACUGUGGGGCUAGUGCAGUAGUGGUGGUUACUCGGGAAGGGAAACUCAGAUGGAGAUACACUGGUAAUCGCUCAGUUACCAAGAAAGACCCAUUUGAGCCCUUGGGUAUCAUAUCAGACAGUCAGAGUCGUAUCCUGACAGCAGACAGUGACAACCAUUGUAUCCACAUUCUUGAUCAGAAUGGACAAUUUCUCCGUUACAUUGAUAACUGUGAUCUGGAGGAUCCGUAUGGUUUAUACGUAGACGAUGACGACAAUCUGUUUGUGUGCGAGUAUUACAAAGGCAGUGUUAAGAAAAUCAAAUAUCUAAAGUAGACAUCGUUACAUGUAAUUGCAAAAAUGUGAUGUAAAUCAAAGAAAACUGGCCUUUUUCUGUGAAUAAUGAAUAUCAUUGUUGGCAUUUUCUAUGAAACAAAUUAAGCUUUACUUUUGAAAUACUGUUGAAUUCAUAAUUGUAUUUUUUUUCAUUUCUAACAUUAAUAAGUAUAUUUUUAAAAAAAAAUGUUUUAUCUUCUUCCAUUAUUUGAAAAAGGGGCAUAAUAUAAGCAUCGUUUGUACGUGAAAUACAGCUACUGUACCUUAUCGAAUAAAUU